CUCUUUCUUUCACCUGUGAAAUCACCUGUGGACAUUUCCCCUCAAAGUUCGACUCCCUGGACUUGAGCGUUUCCUUUCCUUCUGACCCGAGGAUGGAGAAGUACGAGAAGAUCGCAAAGAUCGGAGAAGGCUCGUACGGCGUCGUGUUCAAGUGCAGGAACAGAGACACGGGGCAGAUCGUCGCCAUCAAGAAGUUCGUGGAGUCGGAGGACGACCCCAUCAUCAAGAAGAUCGCACUGAGGGAGAUCCGGAUGCUCAAGAAACUGAAACACGCCAACCUGGUGAACCUGAUUGAGGUUUUUCGGCGGAAGCGGAAGCUCCACCUGGUUUUCGAGUACUGCGAUCACACGGUGCUGAACGAGCUGGACCGACAUCCCCGAGGUGUCCCCGAGCACCUGGUGAAGAGCAUCACAUGGCAGACGCUUCAGGCCGUGAACUUCUGCCACAAACAAAACUGCAUCCACAGGGACGUGAAGCCGGAGAACAUCCUCAUCACCAAACAUCAGGUCAUCAAACUCUGUGACUUUGGCUUUGCCAGGAUCCUCACUGGUCCAUGUGACUACUACACAGACUACGUCGCGACCCGGUGGUAUCGAGCCCCCGAGCUGCUGGUGGGCGACACGCAGUACGGAGCCCCAGUGGACGUGUGGGCCAUCGGUUGUGUGUUUGCUGAGCUGCUGUCAGGAAUCCCUCUGUGGCCCGGGAAGUCCGACAUGGACCAACUCUACCUGAUCAGGAAGACUCUCGGAGAUCUGAUCCCUCGACAUCAGCAGGUUUUCAGCAACAACCAGUUCUUCAGUGGAGUUUCCAUCCCAGAGCCACAGGAGAUGGAAACUUUGGAGCAGAAAUAUCCGAAUCUCUCACAUCAAGCUCUGAGUCUCAUGAAGGGUUGCCUGAGGAUGGACCCUUCGGAGCGUCUGACCUGUGGCCAGCUCCUCCUGCAUCCGUACUUCGACCACCUGCGUGAGAAGAGCCAGAGCUCGUCCCGUGAGGAGGAGCGUUCCAGCAACAAGAGGACGCGCUUCCCUCGCAAGCAGCUCCCCCCCGGGUAUUUGCCGCAGCUGACCGGCAGCAGCAUCUUCCCGGCUCUGGACAACAAGAAGUACUACAACAACCUGCGCAGGUUCAACUACCACCUCCCCAACAUCUAAACCCACGGAUCGGAAUUCAAAUCCUCACCAUCGACCUGCUGUUUCCUAAUAAAACACUCAGGAGAGGAAGCUACGAGAGCAUUCGAGAGGAUCCCACAACUUUCUACAGUUUGUUUUUCCACAUGAGGUGAUGUCGGUCUAUGCACUAUUCCCAGCGCGUGGAGUCACACAUGCUGGUUUUUUGUAUGUUGUCUACAUAUCAAGUCGAUUUGUACUUUGUGUAGACGUGUGAAGACGAUGAGCGACGGCCGCUCUGCUUGUAGUCGCUGAGGAGACUGGAGGUAAAACUACCACGUACUGCCUUGCCUGGUUUGCCAAAUGAUUGUUUUUUUAUUAUAUAAUGUAACUUGUGAGAGUUUUUGUUAGUUGACUUUUAUGUUGUCUUUGAAUAAGUUAAAUAAUGUAGGACUCAGACUAUUUUUUGGUCACGACUAAUGAACAUUUCUGAAAAUAUUAAUUGACAUCAGGAGUGAAAACACUUUUAAACAUUCCCUCAACUUCCCCUCGGCGUCAUUUAUCAGGAACAGCACCACUUUGUCCUCAUUGUCUCUGGAGCUUUGGUGCUAAGGAGGUUUUCCACCGUCCGUCUCGCCUCCGAUUUUGUACAAACGCCAAAUUAAUCUAAAGAGAAAUGAUUUGAAAUCCUCAGAAUUUUCACAAAACUGUUUCUGCCUGUGGAACCGCAUGUUGAGAAUAUAAUAAAGUAAAGAAAUGUUCAACCAAUCAAAACAAAGAACUGGUGUCGAUAUCAU